GAUGGGGGAGGUUUGGGGUGCAGAGGUUUUAGGAUGCAAAGGUGUACUGACAGGGUGGAUAAAGAUGUAGGUCAUGUAGGGCAGCCCAAUUAUUUCAAUGGGCUGCUCUAUGUGCUUGAAAUGCGGAAGAAAGUCCCUAACACUUUUUCAAAAUCACACAGUUGCACAGCACAUGUUAGCAGACACGUGAGGGUGUCAUUAACAAUUAAUUGCACUGCUGUGUAUCUACUAAAGGGCAGCGUGUUUCUGUUGUGUCGGGAAAGUGAUUUUGCAUGUGUUUCUGACACACACAAAUGUGAACGCAGUCUAAAUGUCUCAGUUACAUUGGCGGUCAGUGUACAUCUUCUCAUUAUAUUGGGGCUUGGUGUAGAAUCCUUUCAUUCACACUAGUGACCAGUGUAAAGGCCCCCCUUACAUUUGUGGUCACUGUUAAUCCCUCCUUACAUUGGUUACUGUGAAUGCUUCUAUUACAUUAGUGGUCAGUGUAAACCCCUCUUACAUUGGUGGCCAGUGUUGAAAUUCCUCUUUAUAUUUGUAGUCGGUAAAAAUAUCUGCAUUGCCAUUGAUCUCACCCUCCCCUCCCUCUAUCAUUACCACUGAUCCCAGAAGUUCUAGGAUCCCUAGGAGUUUUCUGUCUUUUGAUGUGUCCCCUCACCACCCCAGUCCAUGGUGUGCAGGCAGGUAGAGCGUGAAAUUGCAUGGUGGGGCCCCAUUUUUUUUUCUGCCCAGGGUCCAAUUAAUAUUAAAGAUGGCCCUUUAUGUAGAGCAACUGGCUUCCUGGAAAACUGAUAAACUGGAAGCAUAUAAGAUUAACUGGACUGUUUGGACUCAUUGCAGAUACUUCUCUGACUUUGCAACAUUCUUGUGACUGGCCUUCUUUGAGAAUGCAUGAUGGCCGGUUCUCUUCUGGUGGAGUUAUGAUGUGCGAUGACUGGAUAUGGUCUGUCCAUAACCAAGAAGACGCACACAUCUCAAAUCGAAAUAAUUCCGUGCAAAAUCUGUGGAGACAAAUCAUCAGGGAUCCAUUACGGGGUCAUCACCUGCGAGGGUUGCAAGGGUUUCUUCAGACGCAGCCAGCAGAGUAAUGCUACAUAUUCCUGUCCACGGCAAAAGAAUUGUUUGAUCGACCGGACGAGUAGGAACCGCUGCCAGCACUGUCGGUUGCAGAAAUGCCUUUCUGUGGGCAUGUCACGUGAUGCUGUAAAGUUUGGUCGCAUGUCUAAAAAGCAGAGAGACAGCUUAUAUGCGGAAGUGCAGAAACAUCGCUUGCAGCAGCAGCGGGAUCACCAGCAGCAACCAGGGGAGGCAGAGCCACUAACUCCUGGGGGAUAUGGUCUGACCCCCAAUGGGCUCACAGAACUGAGAGAUGACCUGGGAGGAUACAUGGAAGGGCACACGCCUGAUGAAGGCAAGACUGAGUCGGCAGUAAGCAGCUUCUACCUAGAUAUCCAGCCAUCCCCAGAUCAGUCCGGCUUGGAUGUUAAUGGCAUCAAACCUGAACCAGACUAUACACCUGCCUCAUCCUUCUUCCCAUACUGCUCAUUUACUAACGGAGAGGCCUCCCCAACUAUAUCUAUGGCAGAACUUGAACAUCUUGCUCAGAACAUCUCCAAAUCCCAUAUGGAAACCUGCCAGUAUUUACGUGAAGAGCUCCAGCAGAUAACAUGGCAAACCUUUCUCCAGGAAGAGAUUGAAAACUAUCAGAGCAAGCAACGAGAAGUGAUGUGGCAGCUUUGUGCAGUCAAAAUAACAGAGGCCAUUCAGUAUGUGGUGGAAUUUGCCAAACGCAUUGAUGGGUUCAUGGAGCUGUGUCAGAAUGAUCAGAUCGUGUUGCUAAAAGCAGGUUCCUUAGAAGUCGUUUUCAUCAGAAUGUGUCGUGCCUUUGAUUCACAAAACAACACCGUAUAUUUUGAUGGCAAAUAUGCAGGCAUUGAAGUCUUCAAGUCACUUGGUUGUGAAGAUUUAAUGAGCUUCGUAUUCGAGUUUGGUAAAAGCUUGUGUUCUCUGCAUUUGACGGAGGAUGAGAUCGCUCUGUUUUCUGCCUUUGUGCUCAUGUCAGGAGAUCGGUCAUGGCUACAGGAGAAACUGAAGAUUGAGAAACUCCAGCAGAAAAUCCAGCUCACACUGCAGCAUGUUCUUCAAAAGAACCAUCGUGAUGAUGGAAUUCUAACCAAGUUAAUAUGCAAAGUCUCCACGCUACGUGCGUUGUGCAGUCGUCACACGGAGAAACUCAUGGCGUUUAAAGCAAUAUAUCCAGACAUUGUGAGACACCACUUCCCUCCCCUCUACAAGGAACUCUUUACCUCUGAAUAUGAGCCAGCCAUGCAACUGGAGGGAUAGAACAGCCCGUUUACUGUUCAUACCUGGAACAAGCAACUGCUUCAUAAGAAUCCAGCCGCGCACACACGUGUGCAUUUAUACAUGGGAUAGAGGAACCAAGACACUUUACGCAAACCUGGGUGCAGGAGGAGAGUGGUGACAUGCACAGACAUUUGUCCUUGACCUCUCACCCGCCCAGGGUUAUUGUUUACAAGAGGUAAAGGAGAGAAUUUAAGGACCAACUGCAGAGCAGGCUGGUGAGAAAGAACCACGCCUGCAUUUUAACCAUGAGACUUCUAAUGUCUCUAGCAAUACAAGCAAAAUAAUAUUUAUAUAUAAAUAUAUAUGUAUUACAGGGUACGUGGGCAUGAACCUUUAUAUGGCUACAGAGAUAUUGUUUAAAGCGUAGGGCCCAGCUGUAGACUUAUUCUGGUCUGUUUGCGUGUGGCACUUUUUUUUCUUUUUUUGCACCUUUUUAUUAAUUCCUACUGCUCUUUUUCCAUUUGUUUAGUGAAAUGUGUUUUAUGUUUGUUUUUUUUUUAAUGUAUUUUGAUGUACACAUCAGGAAUUUGCGACUUAGUGUAAAAGCAAUAGAUUAUUAAGAGGGUGUUGGGGUGGUUGCUGCUGCUGUUUUUUGUGAGAGUCGGGGGGGGGGAUGCUGGUCCAGGUAGUUGCUUAACCGUUCCCAUAAAUCUGGUACUGAAUGGGGUUGAAAUAACUCCUGCGUCAAUGAGAACGGAGAGCGGUCGUACUUGUUUGGAGGCAUACAAGAGUAAUUGGUGUGUGGCGUACUGCAGCGGAAUAGACAAAGCACAUUCGCCAUUGUCCUAUUUGUCACAUUGUGUCACCAGGUGUCUUACCGCAUCAUACUCUUUUAUUAGAUCAGGUCUUUCUCUGUCACAAAAUACAUUUUCUUGUAUGUUCCCUUUUCUUUGAAAUCCAUAUUCAGGAGGCUCUUACAUCAUUAUACUGCAACAAAAAUAUGUUAUCUAAAAUUUCAGCUGAAAGAAUAUUAAAGCGACCUUGUCACUUACUCAGAGAAACAAAUCUGAAAGUACUCUAAAGCCUCGUACACACGACCGAGAAACUCGACGGGCGAAACACAUCGUUUUCCUCGUCGAGUUCCUU